CCGGCACACUGCAUGACCGUCGCUAUCUCCUUCUCCACAUCCUCCAGAGCUCGGAGCCGCUCGUUCGCCAUGAGUGGCCAGGAAUUCACCGGCCACAACCAGCAGCUCUCCGAAAAACAACUCCUACUGUUAGUCCACACGCAGUGUAAUGCAGACAGCUCGGCUCUGUGUAGACGGGAGGAAACCUAAAGCCAGAAGCAUUAAAGCGUAGUGGCGCUGAAGGGCUGAAGAAGGAAGAAGCUGCAACAUCAACAAAGAAGCGGCGUUGCUUUAUUUAAUCGACGUCACGGCGUCGCACACUUGUGACGUUCGCUUGGCAGAGAGGCGAGAACAUGGCUACAUCGGCUUGGCUGCGUGGCCCUUCUGCUACGCGCUUAACAGAGGGUUUGGUGUCGGUUCUGAAAGAACAGCGUACAGAGUACUUGCCCGCUCUGUUGGCUCACUACAGAGAACAUGGAGUGUUUCAGACACAGGGCGCGAGCACCGUCGGGGGUCUCGUGGGCUUCAGCAAUGCCAAACUGGGCUCGAGCAAGACCAGGUUUGAGGGGCUCUGCCUGCUCUCCAUGCUGGUUAAGGACAGCUCCAGUGAUCUGUUCCAGCAACACUGCGUUUCCUGGCUGCGCUCCCUGCAGCAGGUCAUACAGUCUCAGGCUCCGGUUCAGACCAUCCAGCUGGCGGUGAACAUCCUGAAGGACUUGCUGCAGUACUCGUCCCAGCUUGCAGAGCUGGCCAGGGAGGUCGGACUCAACUCCAUCCUGGGCAUCCUCACAUCUCUGCUGGGCCUCAAGACAGAGUGUGAGCUGGCAGCCAUGGAGGGGAUGACGGCCUGUAUGACCUACUACCCCAGAGCCUGUGGAUCCCUCAGGGACAAACUGGGAGCCUAUUUCCUCUCCAAAAUGGACAGUACAAACAAGAAAACACAAGAGAUGGCCUGUCUGUGUUAUGGUCACCUGCCCUGUCUGGGGGGCCUGUUGGACCGAGGAGUGGGUGCUGGCAGAGCUGAGGGCUGGACCAAUCAGAUUCACUGCCUACUGGCUUCAGCCAAUGGCCUGCUGGCUCAGAUCUACCAGGGUUCAGAAUCAGAUGUAGCGGUGCAAUAUGAAGGUUCGGGGGUGGAGCUGGCCUUUCCUCAUCUCGACCAAUCGGAUCCCUUGCUGCUGCUGCAGCUCCAGCACAGAUACACAGCUGUCUGCCUGGCACUCAAACACACACUCAGGGUGGAUCCUGCCUCAGCUGUCCGUCUUCCUGUCCGACCAAUACUCAACCUGGUGUGCAGAGUCCUCGCUGUCAGCUCCAAGAGCAUAAAUUUAACAGGCGAUGGAAGUGUGAGGUUGCUGGUCUUGCCCGUCAUACACACCCACACACUGGAGGUCUUAUCGGCUCUUAUCACAGCUGUACGUAGCGGCAUGGUUCAGUACGCUGCUGUGCUACAGAGGCUGUUUUCUCAAACCCUUUCUGCGUGGGCACCUCCACUUGAAGCCAGUCUGGGACAGCAGAGAGCCUACAGCUCAGUGCGGGUUUCGGUGUACAGAACCUUAGAGCUGUGGAUCCAGGUGGCUGGAGCCUCUGCAAGCAUCCUCCAGGGAAGCCCUAGCCACUCAGAACUCCUGUUUAGUCACCUGCUUGGUGACAUCACACCAGGGGCGGAGUCUGUCAAGCUCCGGGUGGGUCUGUCGGCAGAUGCGGUUCCUGGAGGGAAGCCGGGCCCGCGGAGGACAAAACAGUUGGUCAUAGUAGACACAGUCGGGCCGUCACUUCAGAGAAAAGGAGACCUUCUGGCCAACCAGGAUACUUGUCUUUCAGCCCUCAGGGCACUGAGGCAAAUCAUACUGGCCAGUGGCACCCUGCUGAAAGAUGAUAUACACAAGCGUCUCCAUGACGUGGUGCUGCCGCUGUGUGUGCGUCUGCAGCAGCAACAGUCCAGCAGCAGCAUUUCCUGUGAGUCUGCAGGGGGCGUCAGUGGGCAGUACAGCAGCGCCCUCGCCCGACAGGAGCUGUACAGGUUAUUGCUGGCUCUGGUCUUGGUCCCCUCCCCCUGUUGGCCUCCCCCUCUGACCUGCGCCGUGUCCAUCCUCAGCAACGGACGCAACGACCACAACCUCAAGGUCUCUACAUUCUGUACUGAGGCUCUGACCAUCUGUAACUCCCUCCUCCACCCCCGCCUUCCCUCCAUCGCCCUCCCCUUACCACCCCUCACUCUGAAGCCAACCCCCGCCGCUCCAGUCCUCCCGUCCUCCCAGGGAACUACCCCCGGACUCACUUUGCCGACGCUCCUGGGAGGCCCUGCCCCCGGUACUCCGUUCCCCACCCGCCACACCCUCGGCCUGGGCCCCUCUUCCCUGCUGGGCUCCCUGGAGAACCACCUCUCCCUGGUCCCAGGGCUGUCGGGCCAGGCCCCCGGCGACAUGAUCCUGUCCCCGCACGGGCAUCACCAGCCGGAGCCCGCCGGGCUGGGCCCCCCGGAGGGGCAGAGGCCCGUGUUCGUCCGCUACGACCGCGAGGAGGCGGACGACGUGGAGAUCUCGCUGGCCAGCGACUCGGACGACAGCGUGGUCAUUGUCCCCCCAGGUAUGCUCGACAUGGACAGCCAGCAAGACGAGACGGCGGCGGCGGCGGCGGCGGCAGCCAACUCUCACAACAUGGCCUCUGCUGCACCGGGCACGCUGCCGGGAGGGGAGUCUGUCGCCAUGGCCCCCACCACCACCGCGACCGGAACCACGAUCGACCGGCUCUCGCUCGCCAACGACCUCGCCACCUCGUCCCCUCUGCUCACCACCUCCACCGCGCCCAUCAACUCCUUCCCUCCCCCCGGCUCCUCGGUGGUCUCCCUGGUGCCGCCCCUCAACUCCAGCACGCUCGCCGCCCCGCCCGGUGCUCUCGGCGACUCGUUGCCGGGCCGACCCCAGCUCCAGCAGAUGCUGAUGCAGGCGUCCACGCCGAGCCAGCCCGGCGCCAUGGCUCUCCCGCUCCAGAUGCACCAGCUGCAGAAUCAGCUGAGCCAGCAGGGGCGCCACCUCCACCCGCACCAGCCGCCGCAGUCCGCCAGCAACGAGGACUCAGGCGUCAUCAACAUCAACAGCACAGACGAGGAGGAGGAAGAGGAGGACGACAUGGAGGACGACGAAGAGCUGGACGAGGAGGAGGAGGGCAUGGACGAGGACGACGAGGAGGAGGACGUGAGCGACUUUGCCGACGAGGAAGAGCUGUACGACGGGGAGGAGUAUGGCGAGUAUGACGAGGAGGAGGGGGAAGAGCUGGAAGAAGAGGAGGAGGAAGAGGAGGAGGACGGGGACAUCCCUCCGCUGGAGGGAGCGGAGGACAAGGCCGGGGAGGCGGGGACCGACGGGGUGAAGGUGCUCCGGGCGGCAGUGGAUGACGCAGGCAUGGCCGGGUUCAGCGUGGGGGGAGAGGCGGAGGGAGGCAUCGAGGAGAUCCAGAACAGCCGCUCGCUCUUCGGGGACGACAGGAUUAAGGUGCAGAAGGUGGAGAGCAUCGGAGUCCUGGAGGAGACGCGGGAGGGGGAAGGGGAGGGGGAGGAGGAUGAAAGCGAAAGGAUGGACGACCCCACCAUGCCACAGAUCCUGUGCGUCACCGGAGGAGCGCUGGAGGAGACGGAGGAGGACGCAGCGGGGGGAGGGGAACAGGGAGAGGGAGGAGGAGAGGGAGAGGGAGAGGGAGAGGGGUCGUGGGAGCAAGGAGCCAAUGAGAUUGAGCUGACUGCCGCCUCAGAGGAGUGCACAGCCAAUCAGAGUCAACAGGAACCCGGAGCGGAACCUGCACAGGACGCCGGUGUGAGUGACCUCCAGCCAUCCAGUCAGCAGGAGGAGCAGCUAGCAGCUGCUCAGGACGGAGAGCCCCCAGCAGCAGCAGACCCCGAAACCUCCACAGGCCCGAGAGAGCACGAGGAGACGGACGCCGAGCAGAGAGCGGAGACAAAAGCCGAGCAGCAGGAGACUGAAGGAGUGGAAGGGGAGGCGAGUGAUGGAGAGGAGGGGAAAGGAGUGAAGAGGAAGAGAGAGGAGCCACAGGAAGAGGCGGGCCGAAGCACUGAGAAGAAAAAGCUGGACGAUGAAGCCAUGGCCUCCAUGUUGGCUGAUUUUGUCGCCUGUCCGCCCGAUGAUGAAGACGGCGCCUCUGGAUCCAACCGCUCCUAAAAUAUUUGUCUACCUGAACCGAUGCGAUUUUAAAGUUAACCAUGGACGCAGCAGAUACCGAAUCAUUAGUGACAUUUCCCAGAUUAAGUUACCUCAUACAACCACUCCCUUAUCAUGACACCUUCCAGUCAUUCUUCAGUGUUCAGAUCAACCGGUAGAAUGGGGCUUCCAGUUUUCUUUCUUAACAAUGUUGCCAACUUCAGGCUUCAUAUUUACUGCCCCAUCAUUCAGCUCGUUUAUGACGAAAAGUCAUUUUACAUCAGCGAAAAACUAAAACGAACAGCUGUCCAGCAGGGAGGUGAAAUAUAUUCUUCAGAAUGCUAGCCUUUGUUCUUAUACAGUGUCCUACAGUUAGUGUACGGAGGGGCUUUCUUGGAUUUAUAUGUAUCUUUUUAUGCUCUUUGUUUUGUCAUCACUCUCAUGUGCUUUGUUAUAAAAAAAAGUAAGAAAAAAUAAAACGAGUUACAUACACUA